UCUCGAAAGAGAGAUAUGUUGCUCGAGUGGCCUCAGAGAAAACUGGACUUUGAUCCCCAGAUAAAGGACCUGGAUUACCAGUACUCCCCGAGUCGCUGGUCCCACCGGUUUGAACCAGAGGCCGCUGUACAGGACCAUGUCUGUGUGACGCAAAGUGAAACAGACAAAGCCAGGUCCCAGCUACAGUGUGAGCUGGAUGUACCCUAUGGAGACAGGGAAGGGGACAGGCUGGAUAUUUACAAACCUCAGGACUGCAGGAGUGAUGCUCCCAUAUUUGUGUACAUCCAUGGAGGAUACUGGCAGUUCUUAAGUAAGGAUCAAUCAGCAUUCAUGGCCACCACACUGACAGCAGUAGGAGUUAUGGUAGUGGCUGUGGACUAUGACAUCGCACCAAAAGGAACCUUGGAUGUGAUGGUGGACCAAGUCAGAAGGGCCGUCUCCUUCCUGAGUGAAAAAUUCCCCUCAUCAAGGGGUCUGUACAUAUGUGGCCACUCUGCUGGGGGUCAGCUGUGUGCCAUGGUCCUGUCUAGUAACUGGUCAAAGGUCAGUGAUGGCAGGGUGCCAGAAAUCAAAGGUGCCUUUCUUGUGUCUGGAGUAUAUGACGUGACACCACUUGUCAAGACGUAUGUUAAUGAACCCCUGAAGAUGACAGAGGAGGAUGCUCGGAGAAACUCACCCUGCCUAUUUACUGAUGCUGUUCUGAAAAACCAUCCCAGCUGUAAGAUUCUAGUUGUUUUUGCAGAGCACGACCCUCCUACGUUUCACAGGCAGUCAAAGGAGUAUACCGAGCAGUUAAAGGGACUGGGUAUGGAGGUGUCCUGUGUGGAGAUCCCAGACACAGACCACUUCAAUGUUGUACAUAACCUCGCAGAGGAACAGUACCAACUCACAAAGAUGGUAAUUGCGGAAAUGACAUCUUAAACUUGGUACUGAUUAGCAGAAAAUAAAAAAUGAAGAACGUGGACAAAAAGUUUUGACAGUUUUCUUUAAGUUUUUUUUUCAUUUAGAGCGCGAAUAAGAACUGCUUGUCAGUUAUUUUAUUAGUAGCAUUAAUGACAAUGAAGUUUAUUGCAUAUUCAUAUCCCAAAGGGGCUAAAUAUAGUAAGUUUGAUGCAAAGAGAAUAAGAGAGAAUAUCUGAGCUCUGAUUGGCCAAUUAUACAGAGCACCCUGGCCUGACGCAAUGUGACAGCCAAUAGGAGGCAUGCAAAGGGUAAUAUUUUAAGUAACAGCGGCACCACUCUUUGUCACUUCUUAAAAAAUUUUUAAUAAAGUUAUUAGAAACC